AUGUAAUAAGAAACUGAAAAUCGAAUUUUUCAGACUAUUUCUCAUGAAUUGGGUACUUGUGUUAAUUUCCUUUAAUAAUUUAUUUCUAGUUCUAUGUUAGAUUAAAAUGUAGGAGAAUAUACCAAAACAACUUAUUUGAGUAAAUCAUAAGAAAAUGAAAAAAAAGUUGACUAAUAAUUGCUAAUUAUUAAUGAAGAAGAAGUUCUUGCAAAUAAUAUUUCCGAAAAUCUAAUUUUGACUGCCUAUAGUGGAAAAGAAGCAGUUGAUAUUUACAGAAAAAUGCUUAAUAAUUUAAUUUAAAUAAAACUUAUUUUCAUGGACAUAAAUAUGCCUAUUAUGGAUGGUUUUGAAGCUACAAAAGAAAUUCGAAAAAUACAAUAUUCUAAUAAAAAUAUAAAUACACAUAUUAUUGGUUAUUCAUCAUGGACAGAUUUAGAAACUAGAUAUAUGUGCGAAUAAUGUGGAAUGGAUACUUAUUAUCCAAAACCUAUUUCUCCUGAUGUCCUUGGGAGGCUUCUUAGCAAAUAUUACUUUAAUGAACUAAAUUUGUGA